AUGAGUUCGCCAAAUAUAUGGAGCACAGGAAGCUCAGCCUGCUGCACUCCUGUAUUUUCACAGAAAAUGACGGCGUGGAUCCUGCUCCUGCUAACGCUCUACCCAGGCCUUACUAUCCAAAAAUCUGAUGAUGACUAUGAAGAUAAUGCUUCUAACAAAACAUGGGUCUUGACACCAAAAGUUCCUGAUGGUGAUGUCACUUAUAUCUUAAACCACCUCCUAGAAGGAUAUGACAAUAAACUCCGACCUGAUAUAGGAGUGAAGCCAACAUUAAUUCACACAGACAUGUAUGUGAAUAGCAUUGGUCCAGUGAAUGCUAUCAAUAUGGAAUAUACAAUUGAUAUAUUUUUUGCCCAAACAUGGUAUGACAGACGUUUGAAAUUUAACAGCACCAUUAAAGUCCUCCGAUUGAAUAGCAACAUGGUAGGGAAAAUCUGGAUUCCAGACACUUUCUUCAGAAAUUCAAAAAAGGCUGAUGCACAUUGGAUAACCACCCCCAACAGGAUGCUGAGGAUUUGGAAUGAUGGUCGAGUGCUCUACACCUUAAGGUUGACGAUUGAUGCUGAGUGCCAAUUACAGUUGCACAAUUUCCCAAUGGAUGAACACUCCUGCCCCUUGGAAUUCUCCAGUUAUGGCUAUCCACGGGAAGAAAUUAUCUAUCAAUGGAAGCGUAACUCUGUUGAAGUGGGUGACACAAGAUCUUGGAGGCUUUAUCAAUUUUCAUUUGUUGGACUGAGAAAUACCACAGAAGUAGUGAAGACAACUUCUGGAGACUAUGUGGUCAUGAGUGUCUACUUUGACCUGAGCAGAAGAAUGGGGUACUUCACCAUCCAGACCUACAUUCCCUGCACACUCAUUGUUGUUCUAUCCUGGGUGUCUUUCUGGAUCAAUAAGGAUGCUGUGCCAGCCAGAACUUCUUUAGGUAUCACAACUGUCCUGACAAUGACAACCCUCAGCACCAUCGCCCGGAAGUCACUGCCCAAGGUCUCCUAUGUCACAGCAAUGGAUCUCUUUGUGUCUGUCUGCUUCAUAUUUGUCUUCUCUGCUUUGGUGGAGUAUGGCACCCUACAUUAUUUUGUCAGCAACCGGAAACCAAGCAAGGAUAAAGACAAAAAGAAGAAAAACCCUCUUCUUCGGAUGUUUUCCUUCAAGGCCCCUACUAUUGAUAUUCGCCCAAGAUCAGCAACCAUUCAAAUGAACAAUGCCACACACCUUCAAGAGAGAGAUGAAGAGUAUGGGUAUGAGUGUCUGGAUGGCAAGGACUGUGCCAGCUUUUUCUGCUGUUUUGAAGAUUGCCGAACAGGAGCUUGGAGACAUGGGAGGAUACAUAUCCGGAUUGCCAAGAUGGACUCAUAUGCACGGAUCUUCUUCCCCACCGCCUUCUGCUUGUUCAAUUUGGUUUAUUGGGUCUCCUACCUCUACCUAUAA